UCUACCGCCAGGACAACUUUUACCAAUUACGUUAUUCUUUUUUUUUACCUUCUUUAGAGAACGAACCCGUUUUUUAAAAGGCCGUUUUUAUUAUUAAACACCUGUCAUUACCUCGGUUUGGUGGGUUUUUUUCUCCCGAAAGCCAACUCGUGCGGUGCUUUUGAGGGAGUACGGAAAUCGCAUUGCUCAAUUUUUUUGUUUUUGUUUUGUCUAUCAUUAAACGGAGUGGAGGACUCAUUAUGAGGACGCGAGGAGCGCUUUUGGACUUUUAGUUAAGUUGUCACCAUGACAGACGACUGAUGACUUCUUCUUCCAAUCAGGACUUUUUCCAAACUUGGACUCCUGCUAUUUGUCACCACCUUUAAUAUUGAACCCGCCCUCAGUCCCUCUGUUUUGGCUCUCUGCAGUCCACUUUAAAUGCAGACUGGUCUGCAGUCGGUGAGAACACAGCCGAGACGCCGGUACCAUCCGAUUGUUCCUCCGAGGCACCCAAACAGAGGACACAAGUGCAUUGUGCAGCCAUCACCAUCACUAUGGAGCUGACAUACAGGAUCAUUGGCCUGCUGGGAUGCAUCUUCCUGGACUGGGCUCCUCCUCAGGCUUCUGCAGAGGAAGAGGUGCUGAUGAACACGAAGACAGAGACUUCUGAUCUGAAAUGGACCAUCUACUCUCAGGCCAAACCAGAGUGGGAGGAAAUGAGCGGUUUAGACGAGGAGAACAACAGCGUGAGGAUCUACCAGAUCUGUCAGACUGACAGUUCCUUCAGCCACUGGCUGCGCAGCGGCUUCAUACAGCGACGGGUGGCCUCCCAAGUUUACGUGGAGCUGCGCUUCACCAUGAUGGAGUGCUCCUCCGGGAACGGCCACCACCGCAGCUGCAAGGAGACCUUUAACCUCUACUACUACCAGGCCGACUCCAACGAGGCCACGGCCACGUACCCGCCAUGGAUGGAGAACCCCUACAAAAAGGUGGAUACAGUGGCUGCAGACUUUCUCCUCAGGAAGGACGAGAGGAAAUCCAACAUAAAAACCUUAAGACUCGGUCCUUUGUCCAAGAGAGGCUUCUACUUGGCCUUUCAGGCUCAGGGCGCCUGCAUGGCUCUGCUCUCCGUCAGGGUUUUCUUCAAGAAGUGUCCCCCCUUGAUCAGCGCUCUUUCCUCAUUCCCCGAGACGGUUCCCCGCACUCUGGUGCAAGAGGCGCAGGGUGAGUGCGUGGAGCACGCCUCACAGCAGGGACCCCGACCUCGUCCUCCCAAGCUCUUCUGCGGAGAAGACGGCCAGUGGGUGGGCCAGCCGACCACUUCCUGCGCCUGCCUUCCUGGAUAUGAGGCCGCCGACGGACACGCAAGAUGUACAGCUUGUCCCGUGGGUCACUUCAAGUCCACCGCAGAGGGACAGUGCACAGUCUGUCCAGGAGCGAGCCACACCUCCAUCACGGGGGAGGCUGUAUGUGUAUGUCGGCCUGGAUACUUCCGGGCACAAUCCGACUCUCCAGACACACCGUGCACGAGGCCGCCCUCAGCCCCACGUAGCAUUGCCUCGCAAAUCAACGGCACCUCCCUCCGACUGGAGUGGAACGAGCCUCUGGACGAUGGCGGCAGAACUGACCUGAGCUACACAAUCAAAUGUUUCUCCUGCCGGACGCCGAAGGGACCAUGUUUAUCAUGCGGCGAUAGCGUCAGCUAUCGACCAGCCCAGCAGGGCCUGACGAGUCGCAGGGUGGAGAUGUGGGGCCUGUUGCCUCACACCACCUACACCUUCACUGUCCAGGCUCUCAACGGGGUGUCUCAACUCAGCGGCAAGGACCCCGCCAGCGACAGUGUCAACAUUACCACCAGCUAUGACGUGCCGUCACUGGUGUCUGUGAUUCAGAAGAGUGACUCCACAGAGAGCAGUCUGACUCUACAUUGGUCUGUCCCUGUGCAGCCACAUUACACCAUCCUGCAAUAUCAACUACGCUACUGUGAGAAGGAGCGGCGCAGUGAAGAUCAGUGCCACUACGCAGAGAGCAGCAGAAACCAGGCCGUGCUGACGGACCUCCGCAGGGCCACGCAGUACGAAGUGCAGGUCCGGGCGCGCACUAUGGCUGGUUUUGGCAGCUUCAGUCCUGCAGCCGUCUUCCGCACCCUGCCUGACGGACACGACUCUUCCUCCCAAUUCUUGGUGCCAGGCAUCCUUAUCGCCGUCGGGAUGCUGCUGCUGGUCACUUUCAUCUUUGUGGCAGCCUACUGCAUACGCAGCAGACACAGCCGCAUGAAAGAUCCAGAGCUGAGUGACAAGAACAGCCAGUACUUAGUUGGCCAAGGGGUCAAGGUUUAUAUCGACCCCUUCACCUACGAGGACCCCAAUGAGGCCGUGCGCGAAUUUGCCAAGGAAAUCGAUGUUUCCUUUGUAAAGAUUGAGGAGGUUAUUGGAGCCGGAGAGUUCGGGGAGGUGUGCCGCGGUCGACUGAGGGUCCCUGGGAAAAAGGAAAACUACGUAGCAAUAAAGACAUUGAAAGGCGGAUACACCGAGAAGCAGCGGCGCGACUUCCUGUCUGAAGCGUCCAUCAUGGGCCAGUUUCAGCAUCCCAACAUCAUCCACUUGGAGGGCAUCAUCACAGCCAGUUGUCCCGUCAUGAUCCUCACAGAGUUCAUGGAGAAUGGCGCUCUGGAUUCUUUCCUACGGCUUAAUGACAGCCAGUUCACACCCAUCCAACUCGUGGGGAUGCUGCGUGGCAUCGCCUCCGGCAUGAAGUACCUGGCAGAGAUGAGUUACGUCCACAGAGAUCUGGCAGCCCGAAACAUCCUCAUCAACAGCAACUUGGUGUGCAAGGUGUCCGACUUUGGCUUGUCACGCUUCCUGCAGGAGAACUCCUCGGACCCCACCUACACCAGCUCCCUGGGAGGAAAAAUCCCAAUCCGCUGGACAGCACCAGAAGCGAUUGCCUUCAGAAAGUUCACCUCAGCCUCAGAUGUGUGGAGCUAUGGUAUUGUCAUGUGGGAGGUCAUGUCUUUUGGAGAGAGGCCGUACUGGGACAUGAGCAACCAAGAUGUAAUCAAUGCCAUCGAGCAGGACUACCGGCUGCCCCCGCCCCCCGACUGCCCCACUCACCUGCACCAGCUGAUGCUGGACUGCUGGCAGAAGGAUCGCUCGGCGCGGCCUCGCUUCGCGGAGCUCGUCAGCGCCUUGGACAAGCUGAUCCGAAACCCCGCCUCGUUGAAAAUCGUGGCCCAGGAGGGAGCAGGCCCCUCCUACCCCCUGCUUGGCCAACGCUCGCCUCUGCCCCUCUCGUCCUGUGCCUCAGUGGGGGAAUGGUUGAGGGCGAUCAAGAUGGAGCGUUACGAAGACAGCUUCCUGCAAGCCGGACUCACCUCUGUUGAACAGCUGGGCCAGAUCAGCACACAAGACUUGCUGCACAUGGGUGUGACUUUAGCCGGCCAUCAGCGGAAGAUCCUGUCCAGCAUCCAGACCAUGAGUUUCCAGAACAAGAGCAGCACACCUGUGACCUUCUAGCGCCAUCAGGACACAAAAUGCCACUGUGGACUCCACAAGAGAGACAUGGGAAGAAUGUGUUAUUGCUACCUGGACAUCCAAGAAUCCAGUCAUGGCGGGCUGGGCUUUUUUUAUACGGAGGAUUUGAAGAGCGACAAAUAAAGCAGACUGUGAUGAAAAGCAGCUGCUUGUCAAAGAAGCUGGAGGCCAAUGACAGGCCGUCACACUGUUGUGUUAAUACACACAAGAUCCACUUCCACACGCCUGCUUGCAUCUGGAUCACAGCUUUCAUAUGAACAACACUUGAACCGCGCAGGAUUUCCCCCCGCCCCCCUGUUUUGUAUUCAUUUGAUUUCGACAUGACCUCCUCUUUACUCAGGUGCGGCGCGUAGAGCAGGCUUUGCUGUGCUGGCUCGUAAUCAUAAAACUCCUCUCAUCCUCCAGCGUGAUGAUACAGCCAGAGAGAGAGAUCAGCACUUGUGUCGUUACAGAGGGAAUUCAUCUCCGCGCAUUCCAAUGGUGUGUGAUUUUUUUGUGUGUUUUUUUUUUGUGAGUGCGGCCGACUUCUCUUUGGCAACGAGCAUAUAGGAGACUCUCUGGCGUUAAAGCUGUCAGUGCGGAUGUUCAUCAUCUUGCCAGUGCCGCUCUUUGAGGAAAAUUUUCCCAAUGAAAAAUAUAAUAAGGUGAUUUUGUUCUUUCCUCAUUUAAUUUGACUGUUUACUGUAAUAUUUUUCCUUAUGUAAACAUGGCGAAAUGUUGAGUUUUUCUUCAAAAACGUCCUCUUCGAUGCAGUGGCGCGUCUACAGUCAGAAGGAAAUUCAUAUGGCCAAGGUCGUCAUGGCUUAACUGACACAUGAAACGUGACAACUUUAGCCGCCAGAUGGUAGUAGUGUAGUGUCGGCGUGGCGCAGUGGAAGAGUGGCCAUGCGCGACCCAAGGGUCCUUGGUUCAAUCCCCACCUAGUACCAACCUCGUCAUGUCCGUUGUGUCCUGAGCAAGACACUUCACCCUUGCUCCUGAUGGGUGCUGGUUAGCGCCUUGCAUGGCAGCUCCCUCCAUCAGUGUGUGAAUGUGUGUGUGAAUGGGUAGAUGUGGAAGUAGUGUCAAAGCGCUUUGAGUACCUUGAAGGUAGAAAAGCGCUAUACAAGUACAACCCAUUUAUCAUUUAUCAUUUAAAUACCUUAAAGCGUGUUCUGUGACAAUUCCAACUUUGAUCACAGCAUCAGUUGCUAUGCAGAGUGGCGCUUUCCAUCAUUUUCAGCAGACUGCAUCGCAAAACGAUCCUCUCACGUGAGAUCCAACCACGAACCGGCACUCCCCCAACGUUAACUACUGCACACAGCUCGUGUUCUCCUUUUAACGACUACAAGCGCUUGUUAAAAGGAGAAAAUUCACAUUUUUACUCCAGGAUUUAGCCUCUUUCCUUAAGGGUAAUACCAAUCUUGCUGACAUUUAUGACAAUUAGUUAGCAUAACGUCCCCCAAGAGGCUGGCAGUGCUGCGGUGCAUGGAGGAAAUCCUGCCAAAGAGCCAUGUUGGAUACAACAACAACAACAUUUUUCUAAAUGGCCCAUAAGACACAUAAACCCUUUUUUUUAAGCUGCCAUUUUAGAUUUUAAUUUGCACCACUCAAGUGAUGUAACACAGACAUCCCCCUUUCCCCCCCAUCAGAAUGUAGCUUACAUAUGGCUUUUCUAUCAUCUGGGAUCAUUUUCUGUGGCUUUAAGAAGAUUGAGGCGUAAUUAACCCUGGCGCUGAUUAACCAGAAGCCCCUGAAAUGAGGUGCAGGAAGUGUGUGACCAAUUUUGAUUCUUUUUUUGAUAUAUAUAUAUAUAAUCAAUACAGAGUGGACUUAAAACUCCCAAUCAGUGUAAAUCAAACGGGCGCUUUUUUUUUAACGUUCACCGACGUAAACCACGACAAGCCUUCAUCCAAAGCACUGGGGACGCCAUCCAAGAUGUUCCCGUGAAGGAGUAUUAGGUACGUGGUCUUCAUAUUGAAGAUCUCGACGUCGUCCGCUUUUGAAACGAAACAUGUUUGAUUACCGUCCUGUGUGUAGACUCGUUUGUAUUCAGUAUUCAUAAAUAAACUUACUCGUUAUUA